AUGACGGUGAGGCUAAAGAACUUUUGGUUGUGGUUGGGAAUCUUUGUGGCGGCGACGGUGGUGCGAGCGAGAUCGGUGGGGAUACCGACUAUACCACUUGUUCCUGCCGCAGGUCGAUUUUCCCUGAGCAAUGUGGAGGCCAUUGUCGUCGACGGACGGUAUGCGGAUUCGGUGAACGACAAGGGCGAGACGCUCAUCCCACCGACGUUGGAGGAAUUCGCGAAGACUUUUUCUUCUGAUCUAGAAGAGCUGAAUUGGAGUAUUCCAAUCAAGCAAGGCGGUGUCAACGAGUCGACGAGCACAAUUUUUCUCACACUGGGCGAUCCAGCCGAUUAUCACGACGCAGCUGGUCGCGAAUCCUCCGAGGGCUACACUCUAUCGACAUCAUCGUCUGGCAUCACAGUCACGGGCGCAAGUCCCCUAGGAGUAUGGUGGGGCACCCGUACGAUCAUCCAGCAAGCCGUCCUGAAUAACGGGUCUCUCCCCUUUGGCACCGUCAACGACACUCCGGGAUGGGGUCUCCGAGGCAUGAUGCUGGACGCCGGACGGCAUUACUACCCUCCUGACUUCCUGAUCGAGAUGUGUGCGUACAUGUCGUUCUUCAAGCAGAACACCUUCCACCUCCACCUCAGCGACAACCUGUACAACAAUGAGAACUACACGCGAGAACAGUCGCUGGCGUUAUACGCAAGAUUCCGCCUAUGGUCCGACGCCAAAGAACUCGAAGGCUUGAACCAAUACAAGAACGAGUCGUACACGGAGGACCAGUUCCACGAUAUCCAGACGUCCUGUGCGGCCCGCGGCGUCACCAUCAUCCCCGAGAUAGAAGCACCAGGCCACGCGCUCGUUUUCGUGCAGUGGAAACCUGAACUGGGUCUUGCGGACGACCUCAGUUUGCUUAACAUCUCGCAUCCGGAUACGAUUCCUACAAUCAAGGGCGUCUGGAGUACAUUUUUGCCGUGGUUCAAGAGUAAGACGGUGCAUAUUGGUGCGGAUGAGUAUACCGCGGAGGUUAAUGAUUAUAAUGUCUUUGUUAAUGCUAUGGCGGACCAUGUACGCACGACGGCUGAUAAGUCUAUUAGGAUAUGGGGCACGUUUCCUCCGAAUUAUACGGAGCCUGGGUACGUCAACAUUUAUAAGAAUGUCACGAUACAGCAUUGGGCGUUCUUUGAGGAUAACCCGCUGUACGAUUACAUCUUGAAUGACUACUCGGUAGUCAAUUCGGAUGAUACAUUCUACGCUGUUCAGAAGUGGCCGGUUCCAUAUCCAACUUCUCCCAACGUCUCUGCUACGUUCUUGGGAAACCCGGAGAACGGAGGAAGUCUUUGGUACCCAAAUAUUUUCGACCGAUUCAACGCGUCCAACAAUCCCGCCCGUGACGAGCCUCGCGUUCUGGGCCAUACAGCUCCACUCUGGAACGACCACGGACCGACUGCCACCGUCUACUCUGAAGCAUACUACGCAUGGCGUGAAGCAAUCCCCGCCCUCGCCGACAAGCAAUGGGGCGGAGACAUUACCUCCGCAGAGUUCUACACCACACUCUCAUCCCUCCACGCCUCCAUCCCCGGCCAAAACCUCGAACGCAAAAUCCCUUCGAAGUCACCCACAAUCCUCAACUAUACUCUCUCCACACCACCCACAAAGCACACUUCCCCAAGCAACGUCGUCCCAGACACCUCUGGCAACGCCUACGACGGGACCACAGACUGCCCCCUCACGCCCUCCGGCUCCCUCAACAUCACCUCCACCUGCUCCCUCGAUACCCCCCUCUCCUCAAAGGGCAGAAACUACACCCUCACCCUCUCCCUCCUCAUCUCCGCCCUCACGAACCCUGAAAACGCAACACUCAUCUCCGGCCGGGACUCCACGCUCCUUCUCACGCCCAACAUCACGUUCUUCGCCAGCGGGUACUACUACAGCCUCAAUUCCACCCUGCCCCUCGACACGAAGAUCGAUCUUGAGGUCGUGGGGAGGGGAAAUAGGACGUUUGCGAGGGUGGACGGAGGGACGGAGGAGGAGUUCACGGUGAGGUUGGGGAUUUAUGGGAGGGAGGUGGCGUGGGCGGGUAUGCCGUUUGAGGCGCCGGUGAGGAGGGUGGGAGGGAGGGAUGCUGGGUGGGAGGGUGAGGUUUUUGGGGUUGCGUUGGUUGAUGGGUCGUAA